UUGAUUGUCAUUAUGUCGGAAUAUAGCGUAGUUGAGUAUUUUCCUGGUCAUGAAGGGCAUCGUUGUGGUUAUUGCAAAUCCGAAACAACAAAUUUUUCUAAUGGAAUGUGGGCACAUGCACUUACUGUACAAGAUUAUCAAAACCUCAUUGACAGAGGUUGGAGGAGAAGUGGGAAGUACUGUUACAAGCCCACUAUGGAAAUCACUUGCUGUCCUAAUUAUACUAUCAGGUGUGAUUCUGAAGCUAUCAAACUUACUACAUCACAAAAGAAAGUGUUGAAAAAAGUGUACAAUUUUCUAGCAUUUGGGAGAAAAUCGAUACAAAGUGACAUCAAGUCAUCAAAUACUUUAGAUGAUGUGAAGUCUACAGAUGAACCUAUCUCUGACUUUCCUGAUUCUGAAUUAGUUAGUAAAAUAGCAGAAAGGACUGAAAAAGAUGACAGAAAUAGAAUUGUAUGGAAUAAGAAUGAAGGUAUUGCAUCUUGUAGUAACUUUCUUGAAAGUUCGCAUCUCAAGCCAGCAGACAGCUUAAAAAGAAAAGAUGAUACGGAUAAUUUUCAUCCAAAUCAAGGAGCAACCAAAAGUGAAAAGCAGAGUUAUUCAAAAUCUGAAAUCCCCAAACCAGGACAAGGACCCGAUCCAACCAAGCCAUUAUGCAAAAAAGCCAAAGUUUUAAGAAGAGAAAAAAAACAACAGAAAUUAAGGAAGAAAGUUAAAGGUGAAGACCAUGAAAUGAAGGAUCAAAACUCCGUUAAUGAGUCAAAAUCACUUGAAGAUUUUUUAAAAGCACCUUUACCAGAAAAUCCUGCACACAGGUUGGAGAUUUUGUUGGUACAAACAAGUCCUCCUGGUGUUGAAUUUCAAAGAACAUUUGAUGAGUCUUAUUCUGUCUACAAGAAGUAUCAAAUGACAAUUCAUAAAGACCCACCAACGAAGUGUCCAGAAAAUCAGUUUUUACGAUUUCUUGUCAGAAACCCUUUUGAGGUGGAAUCAAAGCCCAAUGGUCCUUCUUGUGGAUAUGGGUCAUUUCAUCAACAGUACUGGCUGGAUGGCAAGUUGAUUGCAGUGGGUGUUUUAGACAUUUUGGUCUCUUGUGUUUCGUCAGUUUACUUCUUCUAUGAUCCAGACUACAGCUUUCUCUCUCUUGGUACAUAUGCUGCUUUAAGAGAAAUAGCAUUCUGUAGAGAACUACAUCGAGAAGCUCCAGGCAUACGCUAUUAUUAUAUGGGAUUUUACAUUCAUUCGUGCCCCAAGAUGAAAUACAAGGGUAACUAUUAUCCUUCCUUUUUGCUUUGCCCUGAAACUUACACUUGGCAUCCAAUUGAAAAAUGUACUCCAAAGCUAGACAUCAGUAAAUAUUCCAGAUUUGAAGAAGAUGGGACUAAAGAAGACACUGUUGGUGAAGUAAACUAUGACGAAGUUUUAGUACUUCACAAAUACAAAGUCAUGCCAUAUUCUUUGUAUCGACAUAUCCGAGUUACGGCAGAUGAUGAUGAAGUCCACCAAUAUGCAAGAUUAGUUGGGAAAAAAUGUUACUCUAAUAUAUUACUAUACAGAAGUUAAAAAGAUUGAAUAAAUACUAUAUAUAUAUAUAUAUAUAUCUGUGUGUAGUAGGGAUUAAACAUUUAGGUAUUUUGUCUGUUUGUGCUCUAUUUUAAAACUUCUGGACUGAUAUAUCAAGUAAACACAACCGUGUUUUAGAAAUUUCAAAAUAGGCUUACUUUGCACUUGCUAAAGUAGUGGCAACUUUAUUAUGGUGCAACUUUACAUUAGCCUUUACUACCACUAAUUAUUACUGUCAUUUUUAGUAUUGUAUUGCUCGUUUGAGUUAUCAGAAGUACUUAAUGAAAUAAAAAAUGAAUUAUAAGUAAUGUACUCUAUUAAUUUUUGGCAUAUUGAAGUACCUUUCUUUUACUAAGGUUUUGUAAUGCGGAUGUUAGUUGGAUGGUGAAAUUUGAAAAAUGUAAAAAAUGUCUGAUGGCAUUUUAGUACAAUAUAACAUCCAUGCUAGAAAUGCCACUUCUUUACUUGAAUAUUUAGGGUUCUGUAUGGGGAAACUAUGCAAUUUUAAGGGUUAACAUAAAGAAAAAUAAGAAAUGAACACAAUUUGCUAUUUCUGAAGCAGAUAAAUGUGAUUUCUAUGUAUAUCAAUGCUUCAAAACAACUAAAAUAUCAAUUUUAGGGGCCCUUGUGUGAAAAGCAAUGGUAUGAUAAAUUGUAUUGAAGUACCAUAUAUUUGCAUAUAAGGGUUUUAUUCAUAAACAUUGUAUUAAAAUUAAAGAUUACAAUUUGUGAUUGUUUCCUCUAUUGAAAUGUUGCAAAAACCAUUUACAUCCUGCAGAGAAAUUCCUGAUAAGUCUCCAGUACUAACGUCAAUUAGGGUGGUUCAUGUUUGUACCACGUAUAAUACAAUUGUAGUUCAGAAAAACAAUUGUGCAACAAGUCUGUAUGAGAACAUUCUAUAACAGUUUUUUCUAAUUAUGUGACUUUGCAUCUUUUGCAUGCAAAAUUUAUUUCACAUACGUUUCUUAAUGGUUGACCAUGAUUCUUGUCAAAUUGCAUUCUUUCAAUGACGCAUCAUAAAACCCACCUGAAGAUCUUCCUUUCUUUUCAUCAACUGUGUUGCAAGUAAAUUAGCCAAAUCUGUCUUAUUUUUACAGUAAGUCAAUCAGAUUUUUCUAUAUCCAUGGUAAUGUUACAUCCCUGCUAUCAACAAACAAUUUACCCAAUUGACCAAUGAGCUUUACCAUCCAUUCUCAAACAAGUUGCAUUCUUACACAGAAUAAACUUCAUAAUGGUCAAAGAGAGCAUCAAUCUGCUUUUAGGUGGGGCAAAACUUUCUUGUCAUACUGUCACAAAAGUAUCAGCUAAAUAUCCAAAGGUUUUGGCCCUUCUAUCAAUAAGUAAGUCCUGAUAUAAUCCUUUGGAAGUGACAUCAUAAUCCUCUCAAUAUGGGUAGGUAAAUGAGAGCAUGUCAUGGUUUUUUCAGAGUUACAAUGAAAAUUUAUUUAAAGUACUUUGUUAUCAGUGUAUUCAAAUAAAUCAAAUUUUAAUAUCAUUAAAGUUUUAAUAAGUUUCUUAUUUUGAAAAGUAAAUAUUUAAAUAAAAUCUCCCUUUGUCUGUGUAACAUAAUGUUUGUUCACUCCAUUUUCUGUUUUUUCCUUGCUUAUUUAUAAUGCCCUUGAAUUUAACAAUAUUACUCAUUAUAGUAUAGAUAUUACUAAGGCAUAGCCUUCAGUCUUUAUUUAUGGAUAUACAGGGUGUUUAUAAAGUCUAUCUAUUUCAGAGAAAUAACAGGUAACUGUGUUAAAUUGAUAGAAGGUGUACAUUUAUUGAAUACUUAAGAAUAAGGUUCUACAUGUGCACCAUCAAUAUCUCUACAGAGCUCAAAUUUUUCCAAAGCAUUUCGGGGGUUAUUUUGUGAAUAGCCAUUACAAUGCGUGUAUGUAAGUCCUGCAGAUCCCUAACCUUCGUUUGAUAGACGUCUGAUUUGAUAAAGCCCCAUGCAAAGAAAUCCAGUGUUUGCAUAGUGACAAGAUGCACCAUUUUGCUGAAAGACGACGGGUUUCAAUAUCCCAUCCCCAACCAACUUGGGUUUUAGGAACUGCUGCAACAUGUCCAGAUAAAUAACCCCUGUAACUGCAACUUCAGCAAAGAAAAAGGGUCCAUAAAUCUUAGAUUUAGUCAAACCCAAUCAGACAUUAACCUUAGGAGUAUCUCUUUCCCAUUAAUAGGACAAAUUAAUUAGUCUUUCAUUAGCCCAAUUAUGGCGAUUAACCUUUCCACACGUAUGGGAAGUUGCUUCAUCAAUAAAGAGAAUGUGGUCCUUUAAAUUUUCAUUCUGAAUGCGUUCAACGAGAUUGGCAUAUAUUGCACUUCACAGUGGAUAGUCCUCUUCAUGCAAAUCAUGUAAAACCUGAAGGUGAUAAUUUUUAUCAUGCAAAUAUGAAGUCAAAAUUUUGUAGACUGUUGAAUUAGGCAGCCUUAGUAUUGGUGAUGUAGCAGGAGUUGACAUGCAUGAUUCUUCCGUGAUAGCCUUUCUUACUGCAUUUACAGCAUGCUCUGAGACACGUGGAUAUCCAGAUCAUGAUUCAUCAUUAACAGAUCCCAUUCUUUUGAAUUUAUUCGACAAUUCACAUACUGUCUUGUCUGUAGGACCUGGCUUGUGAAAUUUUCUUUCAAACUUCUCUCUAAUGUCUUUGCAUUUCUUUCCUUGAAUACGCAAUGUUAUCACCAUCACACGUUCUUGCACAUUCAUCUUCAUGGGGUUCGCAAUACCAAUCAAUAAAACCUGUUAUUUCACUGAUAGAGACUUUAUAAACACCCUGUAUAAACCAGAAAAUCAAACCCACUUGUCACAUCCUUUCUUUCACAAAUUGCCAGAAAUUCUCUCUGGUGUUUGCUGUUAUAUCAUUUAUAACUAAUAGAAAGACAUAGUUUACUGAAUGACAUAAAAUUUUACUUUGUUUGAGAUUUUUAGUUAUUCAGCCUACAAAUUCAUAGUUUAUUUUGCCAAACUCGGGUCAAACAGUUAAUUAGGAAUUAUUUUAAGGCACUUAUUCCUUAGUUAGAAAGUAGUUAAACUGUAAUAAGUUAUAGGACAGUGUUUUCUUUGUGCAUGUUAUUAUUUUGUGUUCUUAAGUGCAUAUUUGAAAUAAAUAAGAAUUAUUUCGGGUAUCAUUACAAAAAAAGUAGACUAAAGUUGCAUCAGCAGGCUGUCAGCAAACAAAUAGAGGCCAAAUGCAAGUACCAAAUUUAUUGUUUUUUUAUGUAUAUUUUAUAAUUGUUGUUAUAAAAAUAACUAAAGUGUUAAAAUUGAAACUUAUUACGUUAGGUUAGAUCAGUGGUUUUCAACCUUUUUGGAAGCCCGGAUCCCCUGAGAGGCUCCAAUUUUCCUGCAGAUCCCUAUGUAUAUAAGGAAAGUUUUACUAAAUAAAAUACAAGGUUUACAAAAAAUGUACAUGCAUUUAUUUACAAAAAAGCCGCAAUAUUUUCAAAAUUUAUUGUUUAUGUAAAAUGUAUACAAAUUAAUGUGAUAUUUAUGCUUGAUGAUUUCUGAGCAGAACUGGAAAGUUUGGCCUAGUUUUGGAGAGACAUACACGCAGUUCUUCUUCAAGUGUUAGUAAUUUUUCUCUUUUCUUACUUUUGAUAGUCGUCAUAAUUGAGAAUCCUAAUUCGCACAAGUAUGAUGUUGAAAACUGCAGAAGAACACGCAGAGCCUUAUUUGAGAUCGAUGGGUUAAAAUCCAAACUUAUUCCAAAAUGAGUCCAGAUUAAGUUCAUUGAGCUUCAUUCUAAGUGUCCGGUCAUUUGAAAUUC